AUGAGUGAUUCAAAGAAUGAAGAAGGAGCCGCCGUGGAUCUAAAAGACUUCAUGUCGGGUUCACCAAAUUGUGGGGCUCCGAUGAAUUUGGUUCGUUCCUUCCUUGACCGUGCUUGUAACAGCCCAGGUGACAUCAUGAUCGUCAUCACAUCUACGGUUAUCGUUCCCACGUGGGUGAGCUGGCAACAUGGCCCCCACCUCCGUUCAAAGCAGAACGUGGGGUCCGACCGUCAAAGGGUCGCAUGCUUGGCCGAUGGUCCAUUCAGACUUCUGGGGAGGUUCAGCCGAAUCAUCGGAAUGAGCCGAGGCAUACCAUCAACAAGCCCAUGGUUGUACUUCAUCGAAGUCUUGGGGAUUAAAGUCGCCGGAGAGUUGCUACCGAUCUCUCAAUCCGUGUUUAGUUCUUCCGGCACUAUAAUAGACUCUGGAACCAUCACUACAUCGCUGCAGCCGAAGGCGUACAAUGCUCUCCGGACGAAGUUCCAGCAAUUGAUGAUGAACUACACGAUGACUCAGGGCGGUUCAACAUUCGACACGUGCUACAACUUCAGCGAUGGUGUUAUGGUGGAGGUCCCAAAGAUAAGCUUCCAAUUCGGCGGCGAUGUUAAGGUCCCGAUCCCCUUCCCCGGGAUUCUAAUCGGCAGCAAAGAGCUAAGCUAUCUAGUUUUUAUUGGGAAUAGCGAUUCAUUUGACAUGGGUAUUUUUGGAAUUGGCAGCAGCAAACUUUGCACUACAACAAAAAACACAUUUGGUGACACGUAA